AUGUCAAAUUUGCACAUUUAUAUCCUAUGCUUUUCUGCUGCUGUGCUUGUAUGUACCCAACUGUUCUCUUCCUCUAACUCAAGUGGGUCGCAUGAUGAAGUUCAAAUAAAAACUUCGGAACUUCGAAUGGUUGAUCUGUGCGAAAGCAUGUCUCUUCUGUUCCAGAAAGGUCUGUUCUCCGAUUUGACUGUAGUUGCCGAUGGCGAAUUCAAAGUUCACAAAGGCAUCUUAAGCGCCAGAUCAGAAGUUUUUCACCAAAUGCUCGAAUCGCAGAGGGAUUUAGAGAAGAUUGUUAUAGACGGGAUCUCGAAAACAGCGAUGGUUCAAAUGCUUUUCUUCAUAUACACCGGUCACACAGAAGAGUUGUCCGUUGAGGUUGCUGUUGAACUCUUCAAAGCGGCCGACAAGUACAAGCUGCAUCUUCUAAAAAGUAUGUGCUCAGAUAUCUUGAUGGGGAAUUUGAACUUGGACAAUUUGCUUGAGUUUCUGUCUUUGGCAGUAAAGCACAGUGACGAGAAUUUGCAAAACGCCUCUGUGGAUUUCAUUGUGGAUAAUAUUCUGGCAAUUCGAGAACACAACAUGUGGUUGAAAUUUGUUGAAACUCAUCCGCAUGUUGUUGUUAAUGUGUUAAUGGUGCUCGCCUCGAAGAAGUAA